UGACAAUGUACUUCCUCUGUCACGACCUUGUUUAUUUGUCAAGUCUUGCAGUUCCUUCCUCUCGCGAUUCAGCAUCAAAUUGGGAGCUAGCUACUCAUGGAAAACAUUGUUCUUACGAACUUGACACCCCUCUUAGUUAAGGAGUCUCAAGAAAACAAUGCGACGUGAUUGUAAAAUAUUUGUUGUAACAGUACAACUAAUCAAGUUAAAUUAGCUAGCGCUAGCUACGUACAGUAGCUAGCUAGACCACAAGCGAGCCUCUGGCAUUUUUGAAUCGUGUUGCAUUUAUAUUGAUAGGUAGCUAGCUAUCUACCGCUACUGCCAGUUUCGUAAUGGAUGAGGCAUCUCCUGCGUCCCUGGCCGACCUGUGCCUGUCGCUGGUGAGCAGCAACCUAGACAGGUUCUGUGUGAAACGCGCUGACGGGUCCCUGUGUCUCCGUGAGUUCCUGGUCUUCCCACAGGAGCUGGCGGACCAGCUGCUGUGCAAGAUGGCCAUGGAGGGUCUCCUGAACGACAGCACCGUGGGCAUAUUCCGCAGCUGCCAGUAUCUGCGUCUGCGUCGGGCCUGCAUCCGCACCGCGCGCAUCUCCGCCGAAGCCUUUCGCCGCGCCCUCUGCCCUCACCGCCUGCUGGAGCUCGACGCGGCCAGGGUCAACGCGGACCUGACCAUCGCGGACAUCCUCCGGGGGCUGGCGUCCAACAAGGAGUGCCAGGACAGCCUCCAGCGGCUGGUGCUGAACGGCCUGACCAUGUCCCUGGAGGAGCCCAGCCGGCGCUGCUUCAGCUCCCUGCAGGGCCUGCGGGUCCUGAGCGUGGCCAACGUCGACUUCUACGACUCGGGGCUGGCCGACGUCUGCGCCCUGCCCCGGCUGGAGAGCCUGGACAUCUCCAACACCUCGGUCACCAACCUGACGCCCCUGCUGGGCUGCCGGGCCCGCCUGCGCUACCUCACCAUGCACCAGCUGAAGCGGCUGGAGAUGACCACGGCCCAGCUCCUCCUGGUGCUCAGCCAGCUGGACGGCCUGCAGCACCUGGACAUCUCCGACGACAAGCAGUUCACCUCCGACGUGGCCCGGCAGCUGCUGGAGCAGCCCGCCAUCCUGCCCUCGCUGGUCUCGCUGGACGUGUCGGGGCGUAAACAGGUGACGGACGCGGUGGUCAAGGCCUUCGUGGAGCAGAGGCCUGGCAUGACCUUCGUGGGGCUGCUCGCCACCGACGCGGGAUUCUGUGACUUCCUGUCUGGAGAGGGCAGUUUAAAGGUAACUGGGGAGGCAAACGAGACCCAGAUCUGCGAGGCCCUGCGGAGGUACAGCGAACGGGAGUGUUUUGUUCGGGAGGCCCUGUUCCACCUCUUCAGCCUCACGCACGUGAUGGAGAAGCCACGCCCAGAUAUCCUCAAGCUGGUGGUGAUGGGAAUGCAGAACCACCCGGUGACGCUGCACGUGCAGCUGGCAGCCAGCGCCUGCGUCUUCAACCUGACCAAGCAGGACCUGGCAGCGGGCAUGCCCGUCCGCCUGCUGGGCUCCGUCACCCAGCUGCUGCUGGAGGCCAUGAGGACCUUCCCCAACCACCAGCAGCUGCAAAAGAACUGCCUGCUUUCCCUCUGCAGCGAUCGCAUUCUGCAAGAAGUUCCAUUUAACAGGUUUGAGGCCGCCAAGUUAGUAAUGCAGUGGUUGUGUAAUCAUGAAGACCAGAACAUGCAGAGGAUGGCAGUGGCCAUCAUAUCUAUUCUGGCAGCAAAGCUGUCCACAGAGCAGACGGCACAGCUGGGCGCAGAGCUGUUCAUUGUGAAGCAACUCCUGCACAUCGUGCGUCAGAAGACCACCCAGGCCACAGUGGACGCCACGCUCAAGUUCACACUGAGCGCGCUCUGGAACCUGACCGAUGAGUCGCCCACCACAUGCCGCCACUUCAUAGAGAACCAGGGCCUGGAACUAUUCAUAAAAGUGCUGGAGUCCUUCCCUUCCGAGUCGUCCAUACAGCAGAAAGUCCUGGGGCUGCUGAACAACAUUGCGGAGGUGGGGGAGCUGCACUCGGAGCUGAUGGUGCAGGGCUUCCUGGACCACAUCCGCAGCCUGCUGCACAGCCCCGAGGUGGAGGUCAGCUACUUUGCGGCGGGAAUCCUGGCCCACCUGACCUCCAGGGGCGAGGCAGUUUGGACACUCGGCCUGCCCCUCCGCUCCACACUGCUGGAGCAGCUGCAUUCUGCCAUCCAGGACUGGCCUCCUCCGGAGUGCGAGAUGGUGGCGUACAGGUCCUUCAGACCCUUCUUCCCCCUGCUGGAGUGCUUCCAGACCCCUGGCGUGCAGCUGUGGGCUGCCUGGGCCAUGCAGCACGUGUGCAGCAAGAACGCACCCAGGUACUGCAGCAUGCUGCUGGACGAGGGGGGCCUGCAGCAGCUGGAGGCGGUGAGGUCGCACCCCGACACCCACGCUGACGUCAGAAAGCUGGCCAAGAGCAUCCUGGACAGCCUGGAGCGUCACAGAGCCCGCACCGGGCAGCCCCCGCCCCCGCCCCGCGCCGGCCAGCCCCCGCCCCCGCCCCCGCCCUCCCCCAGCGGGCAGCGCCCCCCUGACACACAGACGGGUGGGUCAGAGGAGCGAGUGUGCCAGGGUUCAGCCGCAUGCUCAUACAGCAGCAGAGGGGAAAGUCCACAUCUGUGUUGAACUUCAGAAAGACACCCCGUGAUGGUGCGGCAGCGGACGGCACUGAAAGAUGGGCGUGCGUGUGAGGAGGGCCGGGGGUGGAGGGUGCGGGUUGAAGAACGACCUGCACUCUGCUACUCCGAGUCCCUCCGCCAACCUUUCGUGGUACCCUGAACCCCCACAAGGGGGCAACAGAAUGGGAGAAACUAAUUCUUUGCACACACUGAAUGUUAUUUAUUUUCUUCCAUUGAAUUGAAGAUGGAUAUUAGUAUUACAACUCAAAUAUAUUAUUAUUUUGUGAUGAUAAGGAAAUGCAUUUAUGGUGAGUUGGCAAGAAACGCUGGCUGUAUUGCAGGUAAACAGUGCAUAUGCUAAUAUGUAAAUGUGUUUGAUUUGUGUGGCCCUCAGUGAAGAUGCUGACAGAGCCGGUACUUGCGGAGUUGUACUGGGCUGAUGGGUGUGCAUGAACGCGUGUGCUUGAGAGCAUGCCUGUGUGUCUGAAUGCAUCCUUUGUGUUUUUCCUAAAUGUCAAUUCGCCCAGAGAAAUUGUCUACAAGAUGAAUAUUGUAACAUACGGACACAAAUGGCAAUAAAUAUUAGUCAAAAUAUAGAUUGAGGUACAAAGGGGACAUAUAAAUACAAAUUCUUUUUUAAAAAGAAAUGUAUAUAACUUAAGUUGUUGGUAGUGCUUCCCGUGUUUGGUGCUACAGUAGGUUGUGCUUUUUUGUACAGUACUUGUGUCAGUACUCCCAACAGCAUGACCAAUAUGAAACUGAAGUAUAUAUAUUUUUAUAUAUUUACUGCUGCAGACAAAUUCAAGUAGUUUUCUUGAUUUGUUGUGUUGUUUAAAACCAACACAACUCGAGCAGUAUAAUAUUUGAGUUCUUUAUAGAAUGAAAAAACCAAACAAGGAAGUAGAGUAACAGUCCACCAGCAUCUUAACGUUCUCCUAAUCUGCGCCAGUGGAACAGUAUGAAGUCAUGGCGUGCUGUGACUGUAGCUGAAAGCUAAGCACUGAAAUGUGCUCAGUUUAACUGCAGCCAGGAUGAAUUCUGCAUCGCCACUGUGUCAUUCUCGCAUUUCAUAAUUGCUGCCAGCACCACUUUAAUUUUUAAUCAGGGAAGCUGUGGCCCCUUACAGGUCUGAUAUUGCACAGUGUGUAAUCCCUCCUCCAUUUCGACAGCCCUAUCAAUUGGAGGGUUUAAAUUAAAUGGAAAAUUCUGACCAUGAGUCACCAAUACACAUAGCCCUAGUUGCAUUUCAUAUAAAUGUGUAGCCUUUGGAAUUCAGUCGAAUACAACAAUAUUUUUUUGGAACACAAUACUUGUUUCCACAAACAUUUACAGAUAUAAGGGGGGGGAAAGACUUCUUAAUAAUGACAUGUCUGGAGUCAGUUUUGAACUACAGUGUAAAACCCUUCAGCCACUCAGUGGAAGAAACAUUGUGGUUUGUUUGGUGAAACGAGAGAAGCAGGAUUUGAUUUUAGAAAUGACAUUCCAUCUUAAACUAGUUACAGCCAAAAGGACACAUUCAAAGCGCGAAACCGCGUCGUCGUUAAGAGGCGGGAACACAAAAUUUACUGUCAUUUCCAUAAGGCAUGAUAUUGAAGGGGAUCAUAAGCUGUAGUGAUGUGUACUAGUCGUCUGACGCCAUUCGUACCGACUCGAGGUAAAGCGGGUACUCCCCCAACAGGUGGCGUGUGACAUUGCAGCAGCUCCACUGAUCUCUUUCUGUGCAACCGAAGCUAAACAGGUUUUCAGAGUGCUGUGAAAUCUUACAUUCAUUUUCAUCCAUAAAUAAGCUUUCAACUACAGCAUGGUACUUUGGGAAUGUUUUCUCUUUCUGAGAAAUAUGGGUUUCAGAAUCAGUUAAGCUUUUUGAAAUGUGCAUCUUAUUAGUGGACAGUUUUUUGCCCAACACACUUUUUGAACAUUGGGAAUGUUGUGCCUGGGGGUAGUCCAGAGGCAACUCCCAUCAAGGGGUACUACAUUUUGCUGCUGAGCUAUGUUUUAUGCAAAAAGAUGUUUCUGAAAUAAAGAAUGUAUACACACCCA